UGUAAACAAACCAGACUUUUCAUUCAUUCUCCCAAAGGAAGCCGGAGAGGAGAAGCCUAAAUACAGAAAAAAGAUAAAACUAAGAGGCCAUAGAGGAUAUAAGAUUUUCCCGCUGAAGUCAGAACCAAAGGAGGAGAAGCAGUAGUGGGAGCACGCAUUCCUUCGUCGGCAUUUCUCUAGCAGGAGAAGUAGCUGCCUUCCCGUCUUUCACUCAUUCCUGCGUGGUAAAAGGAGGGAAGGAGUGAAAUAGUAUCGCCAGCAUCUAAAGGGUAGCCUUUCAUAUUUCUGAAAUAUAUUUUUAACUCAUGAAGUCCUCUAGUGCGAAAAUAUAUUUUUAACUCCUGAAGUCCUCUGGUGAGAAGACAAAAUGUUCAAGAAUACGUUUCAGAGUGGAUUCCUUUCCAUUCUCUACAGCAUUGGAAGUAAACCACUGCAGAUAUGGGAUAAAAAGGUCCGUAAUGGUCACAUCAAGAGGAUAACUGAUAAUGACAUUCAGUCUCUCGUUCUUGAAAUUGUUGGUGUAAAUGUAAGCACCACCUACAUCACGUGCCCAGCAGACCCGAAGAAGACGUUAGGAAUAAAGCUUCCUUACCUCGUCAUGAUCGUCAAGAAUCUCAACAAAUAUUUCACCUUUGAAGUUCAGGUUUUGGAUGACAAGAAUGUUCGACGACGAUUCCGCGCAAGCAACUACCAGUCAACAACAAGAGUGAAACCAUUCAUCUGCACAAUGCCCAUGCGCCUCGAUGAGGGAUGGAACCAGAUAGUGUUCAACCUUGCUGACUUUGUUCGAAGAGCUUAUGGCACAAAUUACGUAGAAACCCUUAGAGUCCAGAUUCACGCAAACUGUCGCAUCAGACGAGUCUACUUUGCAGACAGACUGUACUCAGAGGAAGAGUUACCAGCAGAGUUCAAACUUUACCUCCCAGUUCAGACUAAAGCCAAAUCUGCUAUGUAAAAAUCAUCCUGGAAUUUCUCUCUGAUGACCUUACAACAUUUAUAAAUAGAUACUUGUAUGAUAUAGGCAUUGGUCAGUAAAGUGAUUAGAUUAUAUAUUUUAAAAAGAAUAGAAAUGUGUCACACCAAUCCCACUGUUUACAAUUUUUAGUAGAUGUGUCCAGCCUUGAGGGUAACCCUUUCUACUACUUGUUCCUUUUGACAGCUGAAUAUUCAUAAAUUUUUUUAUAUCAGGCCUUUCAUACACUUUCCUGACUGCAUAUGAUUUCUUUGUGAUAUUGAGAGAUAAAGCAAGAUAACUGCUUUUGUAGUCAAUAUAUUUUGUAUUUUCAGUAUUGCAUGUAGUUUUGGAGCUAAGAAAAUGUGAUCUAAAUAAAUAUACAAAUAGAUUAGCUUUUCAAGACCAGGAAGGGAUAUACUUAGUCUGUCAUAUCUGUGGGCAGGUAUUCAUCUUGACAGUGUUUUUGAUUCACAAGUUAUUAUGCAAAGGAAUAGUUUUCUUGGUUCAUUUGAAUAUUUUAAGUUACUUGUUGUUUAUUACUGUUGGAUUUAAAACAAAAAUAGUUUGAAAAAAGUGCAUUACUCAUUACAGCGGUAAUUUCUUACAUAUCACUGUAACUGUUCAGUUAGCUUACAUGAGUUUAUGUGUGUAUCAUGUACUGUCUUGUAUUUAGUUAGCUGAGUUUGACUGUCUUCCCAUUAUCAAUUAGCUAUUACUCAACAGGACUGCCUACAUCAUACACUGAUAAUUUUAUUCAUAUUCACAGUGCCAGAUAUUUAACCAAGCAACUGCACAGACAAGAUAUUUUGGGGGAUAAAAAGAAAUGGAAGAGAUUGUAAAGAUAUCAAAAUUUUUCAAGGGAAAGUCAUAAUAUACACCAUGAGACUGGAAUCAUGUUUUUUUUUUCCUUGUUUGCCUUCUCUGACUUAUUUGGGACUCAAAUUUCCAUUUUAUAUGCAAUAAAAAAAAUGAAUUAUUGCUUUUACUCUAUUUCAUGUAUUUGUUCUAUGUCUCCUCAGUUCCUUUCUUUCCCUUUGCCCUUUUUGAAACUUGUUCAUUAGUUUGCCUAUAUUCAAGAUAUAGCAAUAUAUAACACACUAUCACAAGACAAGUUCUUUGUAAUUUACAUUCACAUAACUGCAGUUGAAUGUUAUCUUAUAUGCAGGUAAAAUCAAAGUAAAGAUAUGUACUCCUGUAUUUUUACAUAACUAUGCUGCUGUUUCUUGUAAUGUUUUAUACACCUCAAAUGCAAGUAAAGGUUCAUAAUAUUAUAUACUCAAUAUGAUUAAUUAUUUUAGACUCAUACAUGGAUUUCACUGACAAGUUGAUAAAUAAAUCAUUUAUUUCUUAGAGAUCUUGCAAUCAAUGAGCAUUGGCAUAAAGAAAAUGGACCAGUGGAAAUCAAUAUUACAUGCAAUAUAUGUCAUGUGUUAGUCUGAUGUGAUAAGAGUACACUGAUUUUGAUUAAUAGUUAAUUUAUUAAGAUCAGUUGCAUCAAAUGCUUAUUAUGUACAAUAAAGUGAUGGAAUACACUGAAGACAACAGUACUGACAAAGGAGUAUAUUGUAUAAAAUAACUUGUUUUACGUUUUAUUUAGAAAAGAGGUAAAAUUAGUUGUAUGUUGAUUCCUAACUACAGAUAUAUAAGACAGUGAUGAUUAUACACACAAACACAUGGAUAUUCACACGCACACAUACACAUGUCACACCAAAUCACACAAACAUUUAGAAACACACAUACAAACACAAGUGCACACACACACACACACACACACACACACACACACACACACACACACACACACACACACACACACACACACACACACACACACACACACACACACACACACACACACACACAAACACACACACACACACACACACACACACACACACACACACACACACACACACACACACACAUAUAUAUUCACAGAUAAACAUACAGGCAUGAGACAGGGUCUAAUUUUUGUUUUGUUUUGCCUGUCUCCAAAAUAUGUUUAUUCUAUUAAAAACACUUCCAUCCAAA